AUGGAGUUUGCCACGUCGGCUUGGUACCAAGGCAAUGGUACUGACCUGCUUUACCACCCUACACCAACAAGCAACUUGACAUAUGAAGACUAUUAUUAUGAUGACUAUGAAGAGCAUGUAGUGCUCAGGAAGUCUCUCAAUAUUAUGUCUCUCAUCGUCUACUGUCUUGCCUUCGUGCUUGGGGUGGUGGGGAAUGGUAUUGUAAUAUGGGUGACAGGAUUUAAGAUGAAGAAGACGGUGAACACAGUCUGGUUUCUAAACUUGGCGGUUGCAGACUUCCUUUUCACUGCUUUCCUGCCUCUCAGCGUGGCCUAUACGGCCAUGGACUUCCACUGGCCUUUUGGAAAAUUCAUGUGCAAGCUCAACAGCACCCUCAGCUUUUUCAACAUGUUUGCCAGCGUCUACAUCCUCGUGGUGAUCAGCGUCGAUCGUUGCAUCUCUGUCGUACGUCCAAUAUGGGCGCAAAAUCACCGGAGCGUUCAAAAGGCUUCAGCCGUGAGCCUGGGCGUGUGGGUGUUCGCUUUAUUGCUCAGCUCACCUUACUUCGUGUUCCGGGACACCGCGCCCGACCACGAUAACAAGGACGUCAUCAACUGCUUCAACAACUUUGCUUUCUCUGACGACUAUGAGACGGCCGAGGUGGUGAAGCUCAGGACGUUGCGUCACCGUGCCAUGAUCAUCACUCGCUUCCUCUUGGGUUUCGUGGUGCCCUUCAGCAUUAUCGUGUCCUGCUAUGCUGUCAUCAUCCAUCGGCUGAAAAGAAACCGGUCCAUGUCUGGUCGCACUGGCAGACCCUUUAAGAUCAUUGCCGCCGUGAUCACAGCCUUCUUCUUAUGCUGGGCUCCGUACCACAUCCUGGCCCUGCUUGAAAUGUAUAACCACAUGCUGGUUGACUUGGACAAAACCCUGGAUCUUUUCAUUACUAUUGGCCUCCCUAUCGCAACCAGUUUGGCUUUCCUCAACAGUUGCUUGAACCCACUGCUGUAUGUGUUCAUGGGCCAAGACUUCAAGGAAAAAGUACGAAAAUCCAUCCUGAAGGCUUUGGAAACUGCUUUCACAGAAGAGGUGUCUCGCACAAACACCUGCACAAACUCUGUGCUUUCAAGCAGAGGUAAGGAGAAGUCCUUCUCUGAUGCAGAGGUGUGA